GUGAUGCCGCCAAUAAUGAAACCGACAAGACCACUGAAGACGGCAUCCCGAAGAAUGAUUCAGCAGCUGAUGGUGAAGAGAAACGAGAGGAAAAAAGAAAUGAAAAUAUGAAUGCCAAUCCGAGGGAAACACCGGUUGAAGCCUCAGCCAUGAAACCCACAAAGGCGACUACAGAUGACAGUGACGGCAGCACCGCGGUCUCCCACACCACCUCCCCUCUUUUGCUUCUUCUUCUUGUUGCGUGUGCGGCUGCGGCGGUGGCCGCGUGA